AUGAGUGAAGUAAGCGGUCAUGUGCUGGUGUUUCCUUAUCCAUUUCAAGGGCACAUCAACCCAAUGAUCCAAAUCUCUAAACGGUUAUCCAAAAAGGGACUCACCGUCACGCUCAUCAUCGCCUCCAACAACCACCGUGAACCUUACACUUCCGACGACUAUUCCAUCACCGUCCAUACAAUCCACGAUGGUUUCCUGUCACAUGAACACCCUCAAACCAAGUUCAACGAACCUCAACGUUUCAUUAACUCUACUACUCGCAGCCUCACCGACUUCAUCUCUAGGGAGAAGUUAACGAGCAAUCCUCCAAAAGCUCUGAUCUAUGAUCCCUUCAUGCCUUUUGCACUGGAAGUAGCCAAGGAUUUUGGUCUAUACGUAGUAGCCUAUUUCACUCAACCAUGGCUGGCUAGUCUUGUUUACUACCACAUCAACCAUGGUACCUACGAUGUCCCCGAUGAUAGACACGAGAACCCAACGCUUGCAUCGUUUCCAGCCUUCCCAUUGUUAAGCCAAAAUGAUCUGCCUUCUUUCGCACGCGAGAAGGGGUCUUACCCUCAUUUAUUCGAACUUUUGCUUAGCCAGUUCUCUAACCUACGCCGAGCUGAUUUGAUUCUCUGCAACACUUUUGAUCAACUUGAACCUAAGGUAGUGAAAUGGAUGGGUGAUCAGUGGCCGGUGAAGAACAUUGGACCGGUGGUUCCCUCCAAGUUCUUGGAUAACCGGUUGCCAGAAGACAAAGAUUACGACCUUGGAGAUUUCAAGACUGAACCGGAUGAGUCUGUUUUGAGGUGGCUAGCGAGUAAGCCAGCGAAGUCGGUGGUUUACGUGGCGUUUGGGACACUGGCGGCUUUGAGUGAGAAUCAGAUGAAGGAAACCGCAAUGGCUAUUAAACAAACCGGAUACAACUUCUUGUGGUCUGUCCGAGAUUCGGAGAGAAGCAAGUUACCGUCUGGUUUUGUGGAAGAGGCUUUGGAGAAAGACUGUGGAUUGGUGGCUAAGUGGGUUCCUCAGCUAGAGGUUUUAUCACAUGACUCUGUUGGAUGUUUCGUGACACACUGUGGAUGGAACUCGACGUUGGAAGCGUUGUGCUUAGGGGUUCCAUUGGUUGGGAUGCCUCAGUGGACGGAUCAGCCUACAAACGCUAAGUUUAUAGAGGAUGUGUGGAAGAUUGGGGUGAGAGUGAAGGCUGAUGAAGAAGGGUUUGUGAGUAAGGAAGAGAUUGCGAGAUGCAUUGUUGAGGUUAUGGAAGGAGAGAAAAGGAAAGAGAUGAGGAGGAAUGUUGAGAAGUUAAAGGUGUUGGCUCGUGAGGCUGUUUCUGAAGGAGGUACUUCCGACAAGAACAUUGACGAGGUUGUUGCUCUUUUGACUUAA